AUUCUCGAUAAUAUGUCGGGCACCUUCGCCUACUCUUCUCCUAGCACUUACAUUUCUCCUUCAAACUACUUUCCUCCCCAGCCUCACGAACACGCUCAUUCUCAGCUCGUCGCGCCAUCCUCUAGAGCGGCUGAGCCGCCUCAGCGCAAGCGUCCCAAGUACACCAGAAGCAAGACUGGCUGCCUCACGUGUCGCGUCAAGAAAAUAAAGUGCGAUGAGACCAAGCCUAAUUGCAUGAGGUGCACUCAUGGUCAGCGAGACUGCACCUGGCCAGAGGGCGUACCGUCGAGGAAGAAGGGCUCUCCCCAGCAGUCGCGCAGAAGCAGCGCGGACGGCCGUCCCUCGACUGCAGAUUCUAACAGCCUUUCCGAACCUUCAGCCCCGCCGACGCGUGAUAAUACCCCUCCAAGCCGAGGACAGCUGGAGCUGCCCCCAGUUGUCACUCGCCGGUCGAGCGACCCGUUCGCCACGAUCCCUCCUCUAACGACAGAUUCUGAUCUUUCUCGCCGUCAAAUGCCUCCACCUGGAUACUCAUUACAGCAUUCAAACUCGCACAAUAAUGUCCUAAAUGUUAUACCCGAACUGUCUUCAUACCCAUCCCAGCAACGUUACGACCCAGCUUACUCUAGUAAUUCGCUUCAAUCCUCCCGUCUCCCUAAUGGCAACCACUCCCAGGCUCUUCCCCUUCGUCCCCUUGGUCACUCCGGAUCGACUUCUUCAAGUCAGUGGGGACAACCACAUCUCGUUCACUCCAUCGACCCUAUCGAGCCGUAUUUCCAAAGCAUCCAAGAGAGGAACUUGAUCCGUCAUUAUUGCGAUAAAUCCUUGAGCAUCAUUAUGGCCGUCCCGUCUGAGAACCCAAUUGUCGCAGCUAAUAUCCCUCUUGUACUCAACCAACCUCCGGGCGCUGACCCUCCGGCCGAAGCCUUACGACUGGCGCUUCUUGGUGUCGCGGCUAUCCACCAAUCUUUCCUCAUGUCGCGAAGCGGGACGGCACACGGGGCCGAGCACAUGCUUCGGGUUGCUCAUUCCUAUCGGAUGAAUUCAAAGCAACUCCUUGCCCAAGCUUGCAUGACUCCCGCCGGCGCCCACAGUGACGCUUCUUUGGCUGCUUCUCUGGCCAUUGCGCUUAUGGACAUUUUCAAUGGGGGUCGAAAUUGGGCCAAAAACAUGGAUCUCGCUAAGACCCUUGUGAAUGUUCGUGGGGGUCCAGCGGCUCUGCUGGCUCAGCGGUCGUCAACAGAUGGUUUGCCAGCAGGCCCCAUUCGCACGAGGUUGCUGCUGGAAAUAUUAGCUGUAUACGAUUUAGCAGCGUGCCUGGCAAGCGGUGAAGAGCCGACAAUCCUGAAUGCAGCAUCCGAGAGUUGGUGGAGUCAGGAUAAUGAAGUGUCUUUCUCAUAUGCUGAGCAAGUGUUUGGCAUGUCCCGCGGAUUUAUACCAGUCCUUGCCGAAGUUGUUACCUUCAUUUCUCGUGCACUUCAUGGGAGCGCUCGUAUAUCCGAGGUCGCGCAGGGAGGGGACAGUGAGGAGGCAGACUUGACUACAGAGUGCCAUAGGUACUAUAAUGUUCUUGAAACAUGGGUCGACGAUCGUGAUCAUCAAAUUUCGGCUCGCGUCCACACAGGGAACAAUAUAUAUAAGAAAACCGCGCAGAUCUUGCUUUUGCGAGACGUGCUGAAAGCUUCUGCUACCGACCCUAUAGUGAAGUCAUGCAGCGAUGCAAUAGUAUCCAUGCUCGCCGAGUGUACCACCAGUAAGAUGGGCGUCGAUCUGAUUUGGCCCGCAAUAGUGGCAUCAUCCCAUGCUUUUGGGUCGUCUCGCACACGAGCAACACGGAUAUUCUCGGAGUUCAGGUCGCAGUGCUGCUUUGAGGUCGAUUCAGCGGAACGGAUUGUCCAAGAGGUAUGGAGACGAUUAGACGAAGGUCUUCCAAAUGCGGACUGGCGAUCCGUAAUGAAAGACUCGCAGACGAGUCUUUUGCUGUUAUAACAAUGUACGUUUUAUGGAGAGUUUUUACCACUUGCUCGUCUCUAGGAUUGCUUUGGAUGUCCCCCCUGGUGCAUGCUUUCAUUGAAGGUCACUUAUAUAUGUCUACCUAUAGCCUGCUUUAUUGCGGGUAAUGUAUUUAAUGAUCUACUCGCAUAUUUAUUCAAGAUGAACAACGUCAUUUGUCG